AUCACUGCUAAUCACUGAUUGCAUUUUUUAAAUAAUCAGACAGAAAAUGAUAAUUAAAGAAGGUGUUCUAAUGUGUUUUAUGGUUGUGCGUAAAAGGAAUACUUUUUACGCACGAAGGAUUUUUUCCUCUUUUUGGUGUUGUGUUUUUUUAAAACUAGGAAGUCAAGCUAAAUCCGUUUAGGUAUUACCUGGACUUGGUAACAUUUAUUUUAAGAUAGCUUUAGCCAUGUCUGUAAUUUAAGACUAUCUGAGCGCAGAGUGUGUGUGAUCCUAACAGCAGGAACUAAAGCUGCAGGCUGGGAAAUGAAAGGAUUAAGGCUGCUAUGUGUCCAGCGGAGGACUAAAGGACAGACAAGGCCUCGGUUAUGAUCAUUGCAGUCUGCCAGUUGCCUCGAAAUGCCGGAUGCGUCUGCUUGCGCCAGAGAAAGGACACAAAGGCUGAGCUUUAUUGGCGAUAUUUAGCUUAGACAGGCAGGUUGUAACCUUAAGAAAAACAGCCCAAUUGCCUGUGAUAAAAAGGGACUGUUAUAUAGCACCCAAAUAACCUCAUCCUACUUUCCGUUUUAGAAUGCCUUCAAAGUGUUAUCCACAACCCUGCAGAUUCUUGGAAACUGCCCCUGUCUGUUAUUUUAAAAUCCAAUGAUCCAAAUCACAUCUCUUGCUUCUUUUAGUUGUAAAAGAAAAAAAAAUGAAAUAUUUGAUGUAUCAGACACUAACACGAACCAGAUGUUGGUGGCCUUUAAAAUAUUACAAGCGUUUUAUUUUGGGAGAAUAAAUAUCCCCAUUAGGUUUUAAUGAAUAUACAUUUUUUUUUAAGGGAACACGUUGUUUGAUGAUUUCACAAAUGGACGCUUUAAAGUGAUACUGCUCCUCCCCCCUCCACCACCACCACCACCACCUCCAGCCCCCCCUCAAUUCACAGCUAUGUUCUAUCACACCAACGCGAGAUCUCUUGACAAAAAAAAAAAAAUCAUAACGUUUAUUGCUUAUAAAACGAAAUAUUCCCCAAUAAAGGCGCGGGGAGUUGCUAUUAAAAUAUGGUGGGGAAAAUGGUGGCCAUUUAGCUGAGCAGUCGGCUGAUUUAUUAUUUAUUGUUCUGUCCCACGGUCACGUGUUUGUGGCGCCCUAUCCAGUCUUGGGCAAGGUUCAACUUACUGGACGCAUUGAGCUUCAAGCUGGUGCACGAAAGCAGCACCUUAUCAUGCAAUGACUGCGUUUUAUCUCGCAAGACUGUAAGGCGAGCUUUUUUAGUAUUUUUUUUUAAUUUUUUGCUUUGUAUUUUUUUAACCCCUCUUUUGUCUUGCAAUGUCGACGUUGGGAACGAGUUAUUAUGUCGACUCGCGCAUUCUCCCCGAGCAGGAAGAUAUGGCACCGAGGUACUCAUCAGCUGCAGGGGUGGAGCAGACGGUGGUCACCGAAUAUGGCGGACACGAGUCUUGCCCCUUGCAGGGGAAAUCGUCUAUUUUUGGUGGAUCUUGGAGCAGCAUCUCGGCCCACCCUCCGAACACGACCACCCCGACCUAUAUACAUCACCACUACACGAGCGGGGACAGCGAUGGCAUGUUUGCGCGCUCCUGGGCGUUGGAUCCGGUCUCUGCGUCCCUGUGUUUGACGGGAUUACCGUCCACAGCCAUGCAUUAUGAGAUAAAACCCGAGCCUCUGAUUGGGAGCGCCGAAUGCACGACUUUGGAGACGCACACACCUCUUUUGUCUGACAUUGAAAACGGAGCGUCCCUUGCGGAGAUUCCCUGCGAAACCACGUCGAAAGCCACCGAGGAUCACCCGUUUGGAGACGAGAAAAGGGAGACUGACGCAAAUAACCCUUCAUCCAACUGGCUCCACGCAAAGCCCACCAGGAAAAAGCGCUGCCCCUACACAAAGCAUCAAAUCCUCGAACUGGAAAAGGAGUUUCUGUUUAACAUGUACCUCCCACGGGAUCGUAGAUACGAAGUAGCCAGACUGCUGAAUCUGACCGAGAGACAGGUAAAAAUCUGGUUUCAGAACCGCAGGAUGAAGAUGAAGAAAGAAAACAAAGACCGGCGGAGAGACAGUUAACUUGGGGAUUUUUCUUUUUUUUUUUUUUUUUUGACGGAUGGUGGAUUUUAGAGCCUGGAGGUGGGAGGAAGAGGAGGAGGAGGGGUGAGGGAGAGAAGGGGAGAGAGAGAGAGAGAGAGAGAGAGAGAAGGGGGGAGUUUGUCCUUAAUAUUCCUAACCUGUUACACAUGUUGUAAAGUUAGUGUUGUUGAAACGAUGCUGGAUGUGUAAUUUUCUUGUGUUUCCUCUCGGAUCCAGUGUUUCAUGUUAGUUUUUUUGUGAGAGGACAAAAAAAGUGUCUCGUCAGAAUUUAGCUGUGUUGUAUUUGGCGCACACAAAGAUAGCUAACAUGUAGGCCAUUUGUUAUUUGCAUGAAAUUAUCCUGGACUACCUGAAUGUCCUUCAGCUACCUAUUUGCAUUGUUUAAGUUAUUGCUGUUUAUUUUUGGCAACUUUAGAUGUUUUUUUUUAACCUUUAGGGUUUUUUGAUGCAUUUUGUGAAAGAAAAAAAACACUGCGCACACUUAAAAUACCUCGUCGUUGUUUGAGUUCAACCCAAAUAAAGUGUAGUUUGUUUAGCACAGAAGAAAAAUCGCAUAUUUAAUCUUUUUUUUGCUUAACAUUAAGACACAUUUCUAUUUUAACAAAAUACACACUGUUACUUCAUAAAACCUGAGCCUUUUACUUUAGUUUUUAAACUUCCUGUUCUGUUUCCCACCUUAAAUGUUACAGAAUCGUUUGGACCAAGUUUAUUUGUUAUUAAAAAUUAAUUUAACAGAAACCUGGUUUCUAUUGCAGGAGGGGGAAAAAAAACAUAAAAUAGACUUUUACUGCAUUUUCUGGUUUGUAGCCAUUCAGCUUUAUGGCGCAAACAACCAACUGAGCCACCAAACCUCCCAAAACCUGCCAAGGUUUUUUUUUUUUUUUUCUCCUUCAGAAAGACUUCUGUCAGUCUAACUGGUGUAAAAUGUGUAAAAUUGCAUUUCUAAUAAUAAUCACAUGUAUAUACUAUAAUAAUAUGUAUUAUUGUGGAUGUGAUGGGAAUUUUCAUUCACAUUUUUUUGUUAUUUAAAAAAAAAGUCGAGCCUGCUUGUCGAAAUAAAUAUCAAUAUUUUAAGUUGGAAAACUA